GCAAACUCCACCGCUCCAGCUCUACGCUUCGUGAACUCACCAUCGGUUGAGCAAAGAUCUCUUCUUCACGAACCAGAUUUAAAAAAUGGCUUCUUCUUCUAACAUUAGCGACAUGAGAUUGGUACCGAGGCUGUGCAAUUGUGGAAGAACAGCUGCUAUACAUAUUGUAAGAACCAACGAGAACGGAAAUGAAGGGCGUUUGUACUUUGUUUGCCCAUCGAAAUAUAGUAACCCUCCCACUCAUCAUUGCAAUUACUUCAAGUUCGUGUCUGAAGAUGAUGAAGACGUUACAUCCAGAAUCCGUUCCAACAGUACAGCUGCUGCUGGUAUAACAAUAGAAGACUUGAACGAUGUAAGGAUGAGGCUUCAUGACAUGGAAAAUGACUAUGGUCGAAGGCUGCAAACGAUGGAAAAUAAUAUGAAAAAGAUGGUGUACUUCAGUGUAUUUUGUAUCAUUUUGUACUUUAUGAUGUAACUUUUUGACUUUAUUGUAUUUUUGGGGAACUUAAUGGAAGUUUGUAUCUUUUUGGAUUUUAUGUACUCCGACUUGUUAUCUAUUAUCUGUUAUGGAAUG